GUUAUAUUUUGAAGGUCAGGAAGCGGAAGUCUAGUAUUUUGCUAACUGAAUAGUAAUUUUGCUCUGUGCGUGAGAGAAAGGGAAGAAAAGGGGUAGUAUAUAGCGAAGUGCUGCUGGGUUGGAAGAAGGGUACGAGGUACUUUUUUUUUUAAUUAUUAUUAUUGUUCGUACACUCUGCCCGUUUCCACCUCUUUAUCCUGGCGAAAGGUUGAACGGUUAAAAUGGAGGCGGAUAGAUCCGGCGGAGGACCAAACCCGAACUCCGGAGGCGGCGGCAGCAGCAGCGGAUCGGGGCGCAACCCAAACGGGCCCAAAGCAGCACCGGGCCAGCCGACAUCAGCUGCGGCGACCGGAGCGUUGGCAGCAGCCGUGGCCAUGGCCGGAUCGUCGCAGGCUCGUGAGCUACAGGACGGGGACUCGGGUAUGACGCUUCCUGGGAUCCUUCACUUCAUCCAGUACGAGUGGGGACGCUUCCAGGCCGAGAAAUACCGCUGGGAGGCUGAGAGAGACGAACUCAGGGCUCAGGUGGCGUUCCUACAGGGUGAGAGGAAAGGGCAGGAGAAUAUGAAACAGGACCUGGUGAGGCGGAUUAAAAUGCUGGAGUACGCCCUCAAACAAGAGAGGACUAAGCACCAGAAGCUGAAGACAGGAAACGACCAGAGUCCAGGAGACAAGAAACCAGAGACAGAGGCAGACCAACUUCCCAAUGGGCCGGCUGAGUCAGACUCUGAGCCAGCCAAUCAGAUGUCCUGGAAGGAGGGUCGUCAGCUACUACGCAAAUAUCUCGAGGAAGUGGGUUAUUCAGACACCAUCCUGGACAUGCGGUCUAAGCGUGUGCGCUCGUUGCUGGGGCGCAGCAGCCCCGAGGCUAACGGGCCUCCGCCCAGUGAAACCUGUCCUGAGCCUGAGCCUCGGGCAGGCGGAGAGUCGUUGUUGGUCAGACAGAUAGAGGAACAAAUCAAGAGCCAACAGAACAAGAUGCAGAAAAGAUGUCUAAAACGGAGGGCAUCCUCCAUCAUGAGAACAUGGAACGCGGGCAAGGAAAGCUCUAAGGAAAGUCUGGGCGGCUCGGUGCUCGAUAAGAUCCCCUUCCUGCAUGGCUGUGAGGAUGAUGACGAAGACGACAGCGACGAGGACGAUGACUUCCAAGGCAUGGCCACUGACUGCAUCGAUGGACCGCGCAAGAACAAGAAGUCUCGUGUAAAGAUGGGUGCGGAGCCCAUGACCACAGACCUGGACCCGGAGGACGAGGAGGACGAAGACGACUCGGAAGAUGCCCUCAGUGAAUUUGACUUCCUGGGCUCGGGGGAGGAUGGGGAGGGGGCGGGAGAGGCCCGGAUCUCGGGGGACGGACGGGAGUUAGAGAACCGCAGGAACAAGUUACAAGGCAUGAUGUCGGACUUCCCCCCUAAACCCACCCCGCCCCCUUCUGUAUCGGGACAGGCUCGCUCCGGGGAAGGUGGCGCCCUGGGUUUCUCCUCUGACGUCUUCAUUAUGGACGCCGUUGGAGGAGGGGACAUGAACCUGGGUGAACUGGCUGAUCUCACCGUUGCCAAUGACAACGAUCUCUCCAUGGAUAUGCAGGAUAACAGAGAUGAGUUCAAGAAGACGUGGAACCCUCGUUUCACACUACGCAGCCACUUCGAUGCCAUCCGCGCUUUGACCUUUCACCCCAGCCAAGCGGUGCUGCUCACAGCCUCUGAGGACGGAACACUAAAACUGUGGAACCUCAACAAGGCCAUGCACUCUAAAAAGAACGCAGCGUUGGAUGUUGAGCCCAUCUACACUUUUAGAGCACACAGUGGAGCUGUUCUAUCUCUGACCAUGGGCGAGGACGGAGAAUCGUGCUACAGCGGGGGUCUAGAUGGAACUGUCAGAUGUUGGAAGAUGCCAGACCUAAACGUGGAUCCUUACGAUAACUAUGAUCCUGGCAUCGAGAGCAGCGUGCUAGCCGGCCACGACGACAGCGUGUGGGGUCUAACUUACUCUGCAGUUCACCAUCGUCUUGCCUCGUGCUCAGCCGAUGGCACCAUUCGCGUCUGGGACCCUCAGAACUCGGCUCCCUGCCUGUCCGUCUUCAAUAAGGAGAAAGAGCACGGAACGCCCACCUCAGUAGCCUUUGUGGCCACUGACCCCAACCAGGUGGUGGUGUCAUUUGACGCCGGUGAGACGCUGCUCUACGACCUCAACACAGAGCAGAGCAUCACUGCGCUAGAGACACAGACCAAGGAUGGCAGUGAGCUGAUCAACCGUGUGGUCAGUCACCCAUCUGAGCCCGUCUCAAUCACUGCACAUGAGAACCGCACCAUCCGUUUCCUAGACAACAAAACAGGUAAAGUCGUCCACUCGAUGGUGGCUCACCUGGAUGCGGUCACCUGUCUCACUACAGACCCUAAAGGCACUUACCUCAUCUCUGGCAGCCACGACUGCUCGGUGCGCCUGUGGAUGCUGGACAACAGGACGUGCGUGCAGGAGAUCACGGCUCACAGGAAGAAGCACGACGAGGCCAUUCAUGACGUGGCCUUUCACUCUUCACAGCCCUUUAUCGCCAGCGCCGGCUCAGAUGCACUUGCCAAGAUCUUUGUCUGAAAGCACUGUUGCCAUUCUGAGUCCAACAAAAACAACUGGGCAAAAAGAGACUGAAGGACUACAGUGGACAAAUUUCACCUGCUUAUAUUCACACACACACACACACACACACACACACACACACACACACACACACACACACACACACACACACACACACACACACACACACACACACACACACACUCGUCCUGCACCCCACUGGUUGGGUCAUCGCCACAGGACGUCAGCUCCCCUUAGUUCCUCACUGUUCUCUGAUGCCUCAGUGACUUCUUGUAAUACUAAUCACACUGCUUCUUUUUUGUUUUUUAAAAAAAAAAAAAAACCCGUCUGCUCCUUUUUCAAAUAAUCAUGUUUGGAAUAACACUUUUCUACACUACAAUAUUCUGUUAUGCUUUUUUUUUUUUUUUUUCUUCAUUCUAUCAACACUUAUUACAAACCACCGUGUGUGUGUGUUUUGUGCGCUUGAACUGCUGACACACUAACAUUUCCCAGGGAAACCAACGAGGAAACUCUCGCACUGCACAGCACACAUGAUGCACCACCGCAUUUUUUUUUUUUUUUUUUUAAACAAAUUGCUUGUGGCUAACAUAAGUAUGGUAGGCAUGACUAAUAACAGUUAUCUUUCCCAGUGUCUGCAGAAAACACCUGACCAACCUCUUCAUUGGGAAUCAAUGUAAUACAUUCCAAAGACUCCAGGUAGUGUGUGUGUGGUGUCGUAUUCUAGGUUGUUGAACUUAGUUGUGUGUGUGAUGUGAGGAGGCAUUAGACAGUUGCUAACCAGUGUUGAACAAAUAGCUUUAAUUUCAACUUUGUGUGUGUGUGUGUGUGUGUGUG